AUGCAAAGUCAGACAAAAUUCACCAACCACACUGCUCUCCCAUCAGCUCUCUCUGAAGCUGAUGUAAUUCGAUUGCUACACGACCACGAUGCCAUGAUCACUCAAAACCCAUUAGUCAUCCACUACGAACAAUGUCCACAGGAUGCUCCAGAUGAUGAGAGAGAAGGUCACUGGUACCAAUUGACUGACCGAAUCAACUAUCUACCUGGUGGAAUCCUGCAAGGGAAAGUGAAUUAUCGGGCCUAUCUACACAAUACCCCACAGGGUCUGCGCACUCACGUCUACGCCCCCCUUGGAGUUCACAUACACAAUGUAUGGAGUGUGCGACCGGGCGAGGACUCGCUGGCAUUGCAGGAACAAGUUCAUCUUCGGUGUCCAUUUGGAGUUACCAAUUUUAUUCGUCGGACUAUGCACAAGGCCCACAAGGACUUAGUAGCACGGUUGACCUCGAAUUAA